AUGUAUGUUGGUGUCAGAAUACACAAUAUCAACCACGACCAGGAAGAAGUUGGCCUGCAGCCGGAAAAGAUGCUUCCUGCUCGGAUGCAGGGCGACCAAGGUGUCGGUCCUCUGGUUCUACUCCUCCUGGUCGGCGGAUAUGUCGUGUCUGGCACUGAAAGCAGCGACUACAGCGAGGCCGAGGUGCUGCCCGACUCCUUCCCGUCAGCGCCGGCAGAGCCUCUCCCAGAAUUCCUGCUGGAGCCAGAAGAUGCUUUCAUCGUGAAGAACCGGCCGGUGCAGCUGCGGUGCCGGGCGUCGCCGGCCACGCAGAUCUAUUUCAAGUGCAACGGGGAAUGGGUCAAUCAGAACGAUCACGUCACCAGGGAGAGCCUGGACCAGAUCACAGGACUGGUGGUGAGGGAAGUGGACAUCUCUGUGUCGAGGACCCAGGUGGAGGAGCUGUUUGGGCUGGAGGACUACUGGUGCCAGUGUGUGGCCUGGAGCUCGGCUGGCACCACCAAGAGCAACCGUGCCUAUGUUCGCAUUGCAUAUCUUAGGAAGAACUUUGAGCAGGAGCCACUGGGUCGGGAGGUGCGGCUGGAGCAGGAGGUGCUGCUGCAGUGUCGCCCCCCGGAGGGCAUGCCAGCUGCUGAGGUGGACUGGCUGAAGAACGAGGACGUCAUUGAUACGUCACAGGACUCCAACUUCCUGAUCACCAUAGACCAUGGUCUGAUCAUAAAACAGGCCAGACUCUCAGACACGGCAAACUACACGUGCGUGGCCCGUAACGUGGGGGCCAGAAGGCGCAGCAGCACGGCGACUCUCAUCGUUUACGUGAGUGGAGGUUGGUCUUCUUGGACUGAAUGGUCAGAGUGCAAUGCUCAGUGUGGGCGGGGCUGGCAGCGACGGACACGCAGCUGCACCAAUCCUGCUCCUCUGAACGGUGGAGCCUUCUGUGAGGGCCCGCCCUUCCAGAGGGUGACCUGCACCACACUGUGUCCAGUGGAUGGAGGCUGGACAGAGUGGGCAAAGUGGUCUGCCUGUGGUACAGAGUGCACCCACUGGCGCAGCCGCGAGUGCCAAGCUCCCCCUCCCAGGAACGGAGGAAAGCACUGCAGCGGCAGCAUGAUGGAGAGCAAAAACUGCACUGAGGGGCUGUGUACACGUAAUAAAAAGAUUUCUAUUGAACAUGCAACCCAUCCGCUAGCUCCGGGUAUGGGUGUAGCAGUUUACGCUGGUCUGGUGGUGGCCCUGUUGCUGUGCGUGAUCCUGGCUCUGUGCGUGGGGGGGCUCGCUUAUCGCCGCCGACGGCGCCAUCUCCACGGAGACAUCACGGAUUCCUCGUCCGCCCUCACCAGUGCUUUCCACCCCGGCAACUACAAGCCUCCAAGACAAGACAACCUUCACCAUCUGCAUCCCUCGGCUCCUCCGGAUCUGACAGCCACAGCAGGGACUUUCCGUGGGCCGCUCUUCUCCUUGCAGCACGUGGUCAACGACAGCCCCCACAAGAUCCCUAUGACCAACUCGCCCCUGCUGGACCCCUUGCCCAGUCUCAAAAUCAAGGUGUACAACUCCUCCACGCUCUCCUCCAUGGAGCUCCCCGCCGACAUGGUCAUCAGCGACGGGGAGAUCCUCAGCCUGAAGUCGGUGGGCACUGUGGGUAGAGAGCGAGACUACCACAGUCACACGCUGUCCAGAGAGCCCGGGCUGAGCACCAGCGCCACCAUGGGUAACCUGGGAGGACGCCUCACCAUCCCCAACACAGGUGUGAGUCUGCUGGUCCCCCCUGGCACAAUCCCCCAGGGCAAGUUCUACGAGAUGUACCUCAUCAUCAACAAGUGGGACAAAACAACGCUACCCUCAGAGGGCAGUCAGACUGUACUGAGUCCUGUGGUGAGCUGCGGUCCGUCCGGCAUGCUGCUGAACCGUCCUGUGGUCCUCACGUUGCCCCACUGUGCUCAGCUAGACACGCCCACACCCGACUGGACCCUCACACUAAAGACACAGACGCACCAGGGGGCGUGGGAGGAGGUGCUGACGGUGGGCGAAGAGACUUUGUCGUCUCCUUGCUACCUGCAACUGGAGGAGGAGUGCUGUCACGUGCUCAUGGAGCAGCUGGGGACGUACGGCCUGGUGGGUCAGUCCUGUCCUCCACAGCCCGCCUGCAAACGCCUGCAGCUGGCUCUGUUCGCCCCCCGAGCACCGUGCCUCUCGCUGGACUACAGCCUCAGGAUCUACUGCAUCCAUGAAACCCCACAUGCCCUCAAGGAGGUGCUGGAUUUGGAAAGGAGUCUGGGGGGAGUUCUGCUGGAGGAUCCCAAGCCGCUGCUCUUCAAAGACAGCUACCACAACCUGCGCUUGUCCAUCCACGACAUUCCCCACACCCACUGGAGGAGCAAACUACUGGCCAAGUACCAGGAGAUCCCAUUCUAUCACAUUUGGAGCGGCAGUCAGAGACCUCUGCACUGCACCUUCAGCCUGGAGAGAGGCAGCCUGGCCGUGUCGCAGCUCGCCUGUAAGAUCUGCGUCCGACAGGUGGAAGGGGAGGGACAGAUAUUCCAGCUGCAUACGGACAUCCAGGAGACUCUACCGCCGCACUCGCCCCUCCCCUCAGGAGGCACCUGCCUGCCCUCCUCUCAAGUGGGACCCUAUGCCUUUCGCUUGCCUGACUCCAUCCGCCAGAAGAUCUGUGCCAGUUUGGAUGCACCCAGCGCUCGCGGGUGUGACUGGAGGCUGCUGGCACGCAGUCUGGGCUUUGACAGGUACUUGAACUACUUUGCAACAAAGCCCAGCCCCACAGGUGUUCUCCUGGACUUAUGGGAAGCCUGUCACCAAGGUGACGCAGACUUGGUCUCUCUGGCGACUGCGCUGGAGGAAAUGGGCAAAAGUGAAGUGCUAGUUGUCAUGACAACAGAUGGGGAUUGUUGAUUGGGCAUGGGAGCAAGAGAGCAAACCAGUCUUUUUUUUUUCUUUCUUUUCUUUAAACCAUCGUGAUGAAAAUAAGAAUACCUGCCUAUGGAUAUGCACACCCUGAGCGUUUUUGGUUUUCACACGUACUGUGUUACCUCUGUCUCAUCUCGCUUUCUCUCCACUGGCCCCUGAUCAGCCACCGUAGCUGUAUCCACCAUAAUCCAUCUCCGUCCUCAGAUAACGGAUUCAGCUUGAAUCCACCAAAGCAAUGUUGCAUAUGCAAGAGUUGAAAGUCUGCGGGUAACAAAGGUAUAGAAGAGGUGUGAAGUAACCUGUUGGUGUUAUUUCAAAGAUUGAAAAUGACAUUAUUCUUUUAUAUGAUACAAAAUAAUCCAUGUAUUCAGCACGCACAAUAACCCAGUCAGACAAAUGCUAUCAUGGUAUCAGCCAGGUUUCAGGGGCAGCAUGAAAGUGCAUGAUUUAUCCGCCAUCUCACCUCAUGGCAGGGGCCUUUGUUUUCUCCACUGUCGCUCUGUGUGAGCAGUGAAGGACGGGCAGCACCGACCCAUCCACAACCUCCUCAGGCUACAGACGCACCUGGACAAACUGGUCAUUAAUCGCCAUCAAAUCAGACAUCCUGGGAAUUUCCGGUCUAACCGCUUCAACUGGCACGGAGUUCUCGAGGUGCCAGAUCUCGAACUUAAAGCUCUGGGCUGAUUUUUUAUUUUUGUCUAACAACAGGUGCCUCCUCUUUGUGGUGGGAGGGCGACUUCUGUUGUUUGAAGUGUGCUUUAAGAAUUGGUGGAUAACUCGACCGGCUGACUCUAUAUAUUGAACAGCACCAACAAAUGCCUCAAAGCCUUGGCACAUCUUUCCGACUCACACGGGCGUUCAUCUGUCAUCUCUCCUUGCGUUCCUCUAUCGCGCCGCCAC